CAGUUUGUUUGAUUGGUACCAGACCUGGGUCACUAAGCCAUGUGCAAGUCUAGUACCCCCAUUGCAGAGAAGAGAGGUACACCACAAAAGAGGGGAGCCAAGCUAAGCACCACACUUUUCUGAAGAAAGAAUGAAGACAGAAACCACCCCCAAGAUGACGGUGCUCCAUGCUCCGGUUGGAGUGAGGAGCAUCGUGAGCUCCCUUGUGGCCUUCUUCAUCGUCGCCAGCUCUGCCACCUUCUUGCUUGACCGAGGCCAGGAAGCACAAGUUCAAAUGGCGGUCGAGCAUGGACGCCAAGAAAUGCAGGUGAAGGUGGAGGCUGGACUCCAAGAACCAGCGAUGAGAGGGACUACUGAUGCGGGCGAUGCCGGUGAGCAGGAGUGCAACUGGUCGAGGGGACGGUGGGUGUUCGACAACAUGUCCAGGCCAUUGUACUCUGGGCUCAAAUGUACUUUCAUCUUUCCUGAGGUGGCUUGCGACAAAUAUGGAAGGAAGGAUAUCAUGUAUCAGCACUGGAGAUGGCAGCCUCAUGGAUGCGACCUUCCAAGAUUCGAUGCCACCAAGCUGCUUGAAAAGCUGAGGAACAAGAGAUUAGUAUUUGUGGGCGAUUCAGUCAACAGGAACCAAUGGGUUUCUCUGGUGUGCAUGGUGGAAGCCUCAAUACCUGAUGACAGGCUCAAGACGCGCAUCUUCAAUGGCUCACUCAUCUCCUUCAAGGCACUGGAAUACAAUGCAACAAUAGAUUUCUACUGGUCACCACUGCUUGUGGAGUCCAACAGCGACAACCCAAUAAUCCACCGUGUGGAGUACCGGAUCAUAAGGGCAGACAGAAUUGAGAAGCAUGCCAGUGUCUGGAGGGAUGCUGACAUCAUUGUCUUCAAUUCUUACUUGUGGUGGAGGAAGCAGAAGGAUGACAUGAGGAUGAAGGUGAUGUAUGGCUCAUUUGAAGAUGGAGAUGCAAGGUUAGACGAAAUGGAAAUGAUUGAUGGUUUUGAGAUAGCUCUCAAGAAACUUACUGAAUGGCUUGGAGAGAAUAUUGACAAGAACAAGACAAGAAUCUUUUUCGCAGGAUCAUCACCUACACAUUCCUGGGCUAGCAACUGGGGUGGUGAAGACAGCAACAAGUGCCUCAACGAAACGGAGCCGAUCUACAAAGUUGGAUACAAAGCCGCAACUACAGAUUACAGUCUGAUGGCCAAGGCUAAGUCAUAUUUUAAAACAUUGGAGCCGAAAGGCAUACAUGUUCAGAUACUGAACAUAACAGAGCUGUCCGACUACCGCAAGGACGGGCAUCCUACUGUGUUCAGGAGACAGUUUGUUCCUCUGACAAAAGAGCAGAUUGCGGACCCAGCCAGCUAUGCGGAUUGCACACAUUGGUGCCUCCCCGGCGUUCCUGAUGUCUGGAACGAGUUUUUAUACGGCUACCUCAUGUACAAAUGAUACACCAUGCCAGAUUUUAUCCCCCCAACAUAUAUAAUGUACAAAUGACAUACUGCAUCUAGAUUAGGCUGCUUUACUUUGUGCAGAGAAUGGCUGGCCCCAACACAUUUACAUGCAGAGACAGAUAAAAGGGUCUGUCUGUGUACCAUCUCACUAAAUCACAGAAGGAGACACUCAAAGUGAACAGUGUAUAGCAGUGUGCUAUUUGUUUUCA